UGAAAAAUAAAACCCCUAACACCCUAAUUCCUUUUGGUCAUUACUCUCAGGAUAUUGUUUCCUCAAUGAGCUCUAAGCACAAGAGCUUAUCAAAGUAUGCUGCUCACAUUUAUGAGACUGCAAGCUUCUUUGCCCACCAAGAAUGCUGUUAUACACACAAUCAGGUUAUCAUGGUGCAAGCCUUGCAAGCAUCUGCUCAGCCAGUGCAAGCCAUCCAACUUGGCCUUCCGUGUGCGCGCUGGUCCCGCACGGCCCGGCCUUUCGCCAUGGCUGCUGGCGCGUCCACGCUUAUCGCGCUGCUUGCCUGCUGGUCUGGCCGUGGCAGCAUGUGGCGCCUGGCGCUGGCGGCUGGGGCGCGCGGCGGCGCUCUGCGAGGCAGAGCACACGCGCGUGAUGCCCGAGGAGGCGGCCACCGAGGCGGCCCGGCUAGACUGGCGCCGCCUCUGGCGCCUGCUCUGGCCCUACCUGCACUACCUGGUCGGCGCGAUCUUUAGCGCCGCCGUCGUCGCCCUCUGCAACGUGGAGGUGCCCCGGCUGCUGGGCGACCUCAUCAACGUGCUGACCCACUUUGCGUCGGGCGAGGGCGGCGGCCAGUUCAGCGACGAGCUGCGCCAGCCGGCCAUUCGGCUUAUCUCGUUCUACGGCCUGCAGUCGCUGUUCACGCUGGCCUACAUCGUGUGCCUGUCGUACAUGGGCGAGGGCAUGGCGGCCGACCUUCGCUCCCAGCUGUUCGGCGUGCUGAUGGAGCAGGAUGUGGCCUUCUACGACCACCACAAGACGGGCGAGGUCAUCAACCGGCUGACCACGGACGUGCAGGACUUCAAGAGCUCCUUCAAGAUGUGCGUGUCGCAGGGCAUGCGCAGCAUAGCGCAGGUGGUGGGCUGUGUGGCUGCCCUGUACCACAUCUCGCCUCAGCUGACGCUGGGCUCGGCCAUCGUUAUUGGCUCCGUCGUCAGCGUCGGCACGAUGAUCGGCCGCGGCCUUCGUGCCAUCUCCCGCGACGCCCAGCAGCAGGUGGCGCACGCGACAGCCGUGGCCGAGGAGGCCGUGGGGAACGUCCGCACCGUGCGCGCGUUCGCCAUGGAGGACAGCGAGACCGAGUUUUACGUGGAGGAGGUCAACAAGUCCCGCGACAUCCAUAUCAGGCUGGGCGUCGGCAUCGGGCUGUUCCAGGCGGGCGCGAACCUCUUCAUGAACAGCGUGGUGCUGGCCACACUGUACUACGGCGGCUACCUGAUGUCGCAGCGCCAGCUGACCGCCGGCGACCUGAUGUCGUUCCUGGUGGCCUCGCAGACCAUCCAGCGCUCGCUGGCGCAAAUGUCCAUUCUGUUCGGCACGUUCGUGCGCGGCAUGAGCGCCGGCGCGCGCGUCUUCGAGUACAUGAACCUCCGGGCUGAGAUUCCGAUCCGAGGUGGCGCCACCAUCCCCGUCAGUCAGCUGACGGGCAGCGUCGAGUUUCGUGACGUCACGUUCAACUACCCCACCCGUCCACAGGUGGUGGUGUUGGACCAUAUGCAGCUGCACGUGCCCGCGGGGCACAUGCUGGCCCUGGUCGGCUACUCCGGCGGCGGCAAGUCCACAUGUGCCGCCCUGUUGGAAAGGUUUUACGAUCCUGUGUCGGGCCAGGUGUUGUUGGACGGGCAUGACCUAAGGUCACUGGACCCGCACUGGUUGCGAGGGCGCGUGAUCGGCUACAUCAACCAGGAGCCCGUCCUGUUCGCCACCUCGAUCAAAGAGAACAUCCGAUAUGGCCGGACGGACGCCACCGACGAGGAGGUAGAGGCGGCGGCGCGGCUGGCCAACGCGCACCAGUUCGUCUCGGCCCUGCCCGACGGCUACGACACGGCCGUGGGCGAGCGCGGUGUGACGCUGUCCGGCGGCCAGAAGCAGCGCGUGGCCAUCGCGCGCGCUCUGCUCAAGGAUCCGCGCAUCCUCGUCCUGGACGAGGCCACCAGCGCACUGGACGCCGAGUCGGAGAAGGUGGUGCAGGAGGCGCUGGACCGGGUGGUGACCGGCCGAACGGUGCUGGUGAUCGCGCACCGGCUCUCCACCGUGCGCAACGCAGACACCAUCGCCGUCAUUGCCGACGGCAAAGUGGCCGAGAUGGGCUCGCAUGCGGAGCUGGUGCGUAAGCGCGGCCUCUACUGGGACCUGGUGAAGCACAACACGCUGCGAGAGGAGGGCGGCGCAGCACCGGCCGGCGGCCGCUCCUUGUGA